AUGGAAUCUUUGAUUGUUCGUUAUGGUUAUGAUCAGUGGUGGAAAGGAACUGGUGAACAUUUGAACGUUUUGGAUUAUUCCUUCACGAAAAAGUCAACGAUAGAAAAUCAUUCCUUAAAAGCUUAUGAUUAUUGUAGUGAAUUUGAGUGGGGAAGAGUUGCUAUUCUGAAUAAGCGUGAAAAAUUAUCAUGUCAAACGAUUCAAGUGUUAAACUAA